AUGGCGACCGCGACUAGAAAAUCCGAAAACUCACAGAUCGUCAAGGUAGAGCCGCUAGAAAACAAGGAUGCAAAGUGGGCAAAGUUUGUAAGGACUACCUAUACUGACCCCAAGGGUGUCGAACGUACUUGGGAGUCUGGUGAGCGUCUCACGAGACCCCAGGGUACAGACAUCGAUGGGGUUGGUGUUGCCGCUAUUCUCAACGACCCUGCAAAACCUGAUGAUGACCCACGCAUUGUUCUGCAAAAGCAAUGGCGCCCGCCAGUCAAUGCCACUGUCAUUGAAAUCCCUGCCGGAUUAAUGGACCCAGACGAAAGCCCAGAAGAAUGUGCUCUUCGUGAGCUGAGAGAAGAGACGGGUUAUGUUGGCGAGCUCGUGGCAGAUCAGAGCUUCCAGGUCAGUCCCAUCAUGUUCAAUGACCCAGGCUUCUGCAAUACAAACCUGAGAAUGGUACACGUCAUUGUCGACCUCUCUCGCCCGGAAAACCGCAACCCCCAGCCAAAUCUUGAGGAGAAUGAAUUCAUUGAAACGUUUUCGGUUCCGCUCAAGGAUCUCUGGAAUGAGUGUAUUGAGUUUGAGAAACAGGGCUACGCAAUAGAUGCGAGAGUCGGCACACUUGCUGAAGGCAUAGAGUUUGUAAAGAGAUGGAGGCUUACCUAAUCCACUUGGGAGUCAUAAACGGACCUGUCUUACUGAGGGUCUAUACGUGUAUCCGCGAUAUAUACCAAGACUGUACGUACUUGAUGCAUCCGUGCGUCUUACAUGUGUAGACUAGAAUCUCGUAUUGCC